GAAGAGGUGAGUGCUGCCCCUGCUUUCUGUGGAAAAGUAGGUUGUCUCUGAAUGAAGGAGAUUACAGGUGAAAUCCUUGCUGAUCUUUCGGUUGAGAGAGAAGGAAGCUGAGCUGGUGGCUGCUAUACUGAGCAGUGAAUCUGCAGUAGCUGGGCUCAGGGCCUUGGCUCAUGAAGAUAGCAGGAGUCCUUAUUCCUCUGCCAGUAGGACUGCACCAAAAGAAGUAUAUUUCAGAUUGUAAAAUAUGCUUUUUAGAGAUAAGUUAGGAUAACUGAAUAAGGAGAAGAGGACUUUAGUUACCUUGACUGGAGAGUGCUUAGGAACCGGCGGUUGUGGUUGUGGUAAGUGGCUGGGCAACAGACAAGUUUGUUACUGGAGAAAUUGUCAUGAAGUAAGAUUCAGUGGAAAAUGCAUCUAGAUAUCAAGCUGCACUACCUAGUUAUUGCAACAGUACACAGCCUGAGGACCGAUGGGCACAUGUGGUCAAAAAUAUCUCAGGUGCAUAGUAAGUGCAAACACUGUGUUUUAAUGACUUCAUAAGCACAUCUGAUGGUCGUUCACUUCUGCAUCAAGUGGAUAAAUAAGGAGAUAAACGAUUGUCCUUUGGUUGGUUUUCUGGCUUAUCCAUAACUUGAGAGAUGGUGAAUCACUACAAGAAAAUUGUUCUAAUGUUCGGAUUAGAACGUAUCAAUGACUAUAACUUUAGAACGCUUAAGUCCUUACUGACCCAUGACCUAAAACUGACUCAGAAAAUGCAAGAUGAUUAUGACAGAAUUAAGAUUGCUGACUUAAUGGAAGAAAAGUUCCCAGAGGACGCUGGAUUGAGCAAACUGAUAGAAGUGUGGGAAGGUAUUCCAGAAUUUGAAGAUCAUGCUGAUACACUUAGAAAAGAGAUGGAGAAAGUUAGAAACAAAGUCGAAAGAAAGUCUGAAUCCAGUACUCCCCUACUUACCUCCAACAAGAUGGAAAUUCCAGAAGUAGAGCCAGCUAGGACGACGUCUUCAUCAGAGGAAAGCAAAGAUGUUAUCCCUGACAUUAUAAAAGCCCAGUUUUGGAUGGAAGAGUCUAACCUUUCAGAACUUUCGGCAACCAACACAUGCCCAGCUGAGAGUGAACCCCUGACUUCCAGCUGCCUCCAGACGCCAUUGGAGCUUUCAGAAAUAUCAUCCACCAUAUUGGCAACAUCUCAAGGUUCUUCAGCACCAUGUUCCACCUAUGUCAAGGUUUCCCAGGUGUCUCCAGUAACGAUGUCCAGGAGCAUCCAGAAUAUCCAGACCUGUCAAAAAACCUCAACACUUUCUUAUAAUCACCAAGCUACCCUGAUGUCUCCAAAAACAGAGCCCAGCAGUGUCCCGGCAACAAUGACCAGUGGUCACAAUAGUCCUCGGGUGCCUGCAGCAACAGUAUCCAGCAGUUUCAAUAAACGUCAGGUGACCCGAGCCACAGUGCCCACCAGUGUCCAGACCUCUCAAAUGACCCCAGCAACAAUGACCAGUGGUCACAAUAGUCCUCGGGUGCCUGCAGCAACAGUAUCCAGCAGUUUCAAUAAACGUCAGGUGACCCGAGCCACAGUGCCCACCAGUGUCCAGACCUUAGGAAUGACCCCAGCAACAAUGACCAGUGGUCACAAUAGUCCUCGGGUGCCUGCAGCAACAGUAUCCAGUGGUUUCAAUAAACGUCAGGUGACCCGAGCCACAGUGCCCACCAGUGUCCAGACCUCUCAAAUGACCCCAGCAACAAUGACCAGUGGUUGUAAUUGUCCUCAGGAGCCUGCAGCAACAGUAUCCAGUGGUUUCAAUAAAUCUCAGAUGACUCCAGCCACAGUGUCCAGCAGUGUGGAGGCCACAUGGAUGCCUCAAGCAAUAGUGACCACCAGUAUCCAGACCUUUCAAAUGGCCCCAGCAACAAUGACCAGUGGUCACAAUAGUCCUCGGGUGCCUGCAGCAACAGUAUCCAGCAGUUUCAAUAAACGUCAGGUGACCCGAGCCACAGUGCCCAGUGUCCAGACCUUAGGAAUGACCCCAGCAACAAUGACCAGUGGUCACAAUAGUCCUCGGGUGCCUGCAGCAACAGUAUCCAGCGGUUUCAAUAGACCUCAGGUGACCCCAGCAACAGUGCCCAGCCGGGUCCAGACCUUAGUGGCCCCAGCAACAAUGACCAGUGGUCACAAUAGUCCUCGGGUGCCUGCAGCAACAGUAUCCAGCAGUUUCAAUAAACGUCAGGUGACCCGAGCCACAGUGCCCACCAGUAUCCAGACCUUAGGAAUGACCCCAGCAACAAUGACCAGUGGUCACAAUAGUCCUCGGGUGCCUGCAGCAACAGUAUCCAGCAGUUUCAAUAAAAAUCAGGUGACCCCAGCAACAGUGCCCAGCCGGGUCCAGACCUUAGGAAUGACCCCAGCAGCAAUGACCAGUGGUUGUAAUAAUCUGCAGGUGACCCCUGCAACAGUGCCCAGCAGUCACAAUACCCCUCAGGUGUCUUCCGCAACAGUGCACAGUGCUACCUUGGUGUCUCCAGCAACACCACUCAAGAAACCAAGACUGAGGAAUGUAUCUACACAACCUUCUGAAGAAGAUGGUCAACAGCAAGGUCCCAAACAAGUGAUGGUGUUAAAAGCAACAAAGCCAUUCACAUUUGACACGAGAGAAAACAAACAGAUGUUCCAUGCCACUGUGGCUACAGAGACUGAAUUCUUCAGAGUGAAGGUGUUUGACAUAGCCCUCAAGAAAAUUUUCAUCCCUAAUAAAGUCAUUGUCAUCUCAGAUUAUUUUGGCUACAAUGGGUUUCUAGAGAUACACAAAACUGCAUGUGUAGCAGAAGUGAAUGGCAACAAUGUGAUGAAUAUCCCAUCUUCCCUGAGACGAAGAGCCAACUCAACACCUAAAAUUGAUACUCUUUGUACACAAAGAGAAGGAACAUUUGUGAAUGGAAUAUUUAAAGUAUAUGAGAAAACAGUGAAGAGUGAAUUCACUUACUACGGAAUAGAAGAUCGAACAGGGAGAAUGGAAGUGGUGGUAUACGGACAAUUGGCCAAUAUAUACUGUGAGCCUGGGGAUAAACUUAGACUCUUCUGCUUUGAGCUGAGCUCAAGUUUUGAUAAUUGGCAGCUGAGAUCUGUGAGGCACAGUUAUAUGCAGGUCAUCAAGAAUAGGAGGAGAACCAGUAGAUCUCCCGAUCCCUAUGCAAUUAUCGAAACAGCUCAAAGCCUCUAUUGAUGGUUUCCUCAACAAGAAUGGAAAGAUUGCUGAUAAGCUUCAAGUGCAGAAGAAAAAUGUAUAUAUGGCAUAUAGUGAAAUAAAAUGCAUAUCAACUCCAGCUCUUAAUCCUAGGGACUACUAUCCUUUUAAUUCGUUCCUUAUGCAAUUUAGAUUAUCUAUAUUACAUAUUUCCAUCUGUAUGUCUCAAAAUAUGAAAAAAAGACUAAUAAAUAUUUUAUGUAAA